ACAAUCUACAAACUUUCGUCAGAUGUUACGCCUUACAAUCAUCCCUACAUCUUGCCCCGCCCAUUCCUCGGAUGCAUGAGGAUAAAUCAGUGACUGGAGGCGAGUCUAGUACAGUUAAUAGGAGUUGCACAUAAUCGAUAGCAAACAGCGCACGCGAGAUCCAACAUAAACAACAGCUGACGUCGCUACGCGCAAUGUUGGCCCUCGACUCGGAUUUCAAGGUCGACUUUCACAGCGUGAGUUUCCUCGAAAAAUGCCCCAUAAGCGAACGAAACCCCCUCUAAUGGAGAACAGAGUGUUUGAGCUGUAGGCCAUGGCCACAGAUCCCAGUCUUCGGACAGUUUUUGAGGCUCUUGAUGAAGACGAUCUUGGGUACAUCACCGACGAGAGAUUUUCCGAACUGGCCAAGGAUUUCGGGAUUGAUAACCCAGACGAGCGUCAUCGUCUAAUAACACUGUUGGAUCCGCAAGGUACGGGGAAAAUAAGCUUUGAAUCUUUCUGUCAAGGGAUUCAAGCCGUCGUCACAAAUACAACUGAAAAAGCACAACUGAGCGAAAGUCAGAUUUACCCCCAGGAUCAGUGGAUAGUCAGCAAGACAACGACGGAAGAUGAUGACACUCAUAGUAUUGGAACCUCAGAAAGCACCUACAACGAGUAUGACGACAGUGCCUUAACGGACAUGAGUGAAGAUAACACAUCUCCGUUACUCUACGAUGGUUUCAGCCCGGCGGUAGACGGUGACGACACGGAUAGCGCCAUUGCCGGACCAACAAUCAACAUGAAUGGUUUCUUCUCAUCGCCAGAUCCAUUAAGAGUUCAACAAAUUGCAGAGGACAGUAGCCAUGCCUCGUCGCUACCCAGCGAUGACGAACAAAGAUUUGAAGACUUUGGGCAGAACGUAAAUGCCAGCGGAAUCGACAUCGAGAUACAGGAGGCCUCCAGUCUGAGUGAUUCGGUGGAUACCAUCGAGAGGGAGACGCCGUCCAGCUUGCUCAAUGGUUCAUUGCUGCCACACGAUAGCCGGUCCCGGCCAAUCAUGAUGAAGAGGGACGUGUGGUCUCACGUUCGCCGGAUGAAAUGUUCCCUCUGCAACAACAGACUGUAUCUUAGUCCCGUCAGAAGAAUCUCAUCCAAGGAGUUUGCAAACCAUUUGUACAGGUCAUCAUCGUCCAACAACCUGCCCCACAAAGGUGCUAUAGACGACACGUACGGUGAAUAUGCCGCGUCGGACACAGAUGUCAUGGAACUCAAUGACAAGGUGCUAGAAUUGGAAACACAAGUCACGGUGUUGGAACAGGACCAGGCGUCACGGGCAGGACACCAGGGAAAACUCAAAAGCGACAAAAUCAUGCUCAUGCAUCAAGUCCAGAGCCUAGAGGAACAAAUCCGGGAAGCAGAGAUGAGGCAUCAAGAGCGAGAAGAUGAACAAAUCAAGAGACAUAAAGACACCAUGACUAAGAAAGAAAAAGAGAUGGAGGAACAGAUAGAGUUCUUAACAAACAGAAUAGCAGUCCUUGAAGACGAGAAGAACCAGCAUGUGACAGAAACGUCGCGAUUAAAGACACAAAUAGAACACCUUAAACAGGAGAACAGCAGGCUAGAAGCCCAGGUGCUAGACUUGGACAAUAAGUGGCUGGCUCUGUCCAUGGAGUACCAACAGAAGGAAGACGGUCACAGACGAGAACGAACGGAAAUGAAAGAAACUCUGAAAGCCAAUAAUGUGCUUGUGGAAGAUUUAUCUCGGGAGCUUGAGGAACUGAGACGAGAGAAUCUUGAGCAGCGUGAGUAUGGCGCUCGCCUGAUGAGAAGCCCCAGCAUCUCAGACCUGCCCAGUCGAUACUCGGAACUCAAUGAGGAGUUACAGAGACUCAAGAAGGAAAACGCCAACUUACGAGAGAGCAAUGAAGAGAUGAGUGCCCAGAUGCUGAAUGACGGCUUCCAUAUCGGCCACAGCCUGCUACACAGGGGGACCACCAGGUCUGAAUCCUUCGCAUCAGAGCUGGAGACAUCAUCCAAAGAUGAUAUCAUGCAAGCCUUACGUGAGGAGGAGCAACUCAAUCGAGACCUGCGGGAGUACAUCGGCCGCAUCCUUGCCAGAAUCUUAGACAGUAACCCGGGACUCUUGGAGAUCAGACCCAAGCGGCACGGCAGCAUGGCGUCGCUUAUGAGCGUGGAUCCAAACACGUGACGAUAGGUCCCUCAAAGAAGACAGAAAUCUUAUUUUUCAUAUCAGAAUUUCUAUCUAGGUUUUGCAUAGUGCCAGGUUUUCUCUUUGUGGGUAGUGUCAGUGUGGGUGAAUGGCGAAAAAAACAUGAAGUAAACUCCAUUCACUGUAAUAUUCUGGACCAAUAAAUCGGGAACAGCAUUCUAAUGUGAUGAAAUGUUUUGGAAGGAAAAACAAUCUUGUGGGUUUUGUUACAAGCAUACCCGCCAGUUUUAGCUCCGGUUUAUGGAGACCGCAAUCAGUGAGCACAGCAAAAAAAACAAAUAUCCUUUGCGUAGCACAAAUGUCCAUACGCACACAAGCUUGAGCAUAUCUUGGCCAUGCAAAUGCCACUAUGUUUCUACUCGACUUAAUGUAAUAUUUUUGCUCUAAAUAGUGAAGCAGCUGAGUGAAGUUGGCCCUUUUUCGGAAAAACAAUCGGGAAGAAAUGUUCUGUAAAAGUUAGUAUUGUCAACAGAUCAUGCACAAACUUGUUCAAUGCCAAAUUAAAUAGCGGUUACAGAUUUUUUUCCCUGGAAAAAGCCGUAACUUUGAAACAGUUUGAAAAUAAAGGGAAUGCUACACUCACACAGGAUUAAACUGGUUUAGGCAUGGUGCUUUUUGAGUACCUGUAGGCAAAAUCAAACCAUGUACUUCUUUAAUCAUCAAAACUUACUAUUUUUGGUUACUAAGGAUGACGUCAAAUUCUGUUUAAACAAAAUAGGUUUGGUUUGAAUCCUACUCUUGUAUUUUUCACACAGUCUCUUUGGUGUGUGGAGUACACAGUGUUAACACUGAAAAUUCCUAAUUUUUGGGGGAUCAAAACAGUUACUAUUGUACGACUUUGUUAUCCACAGUACAAAAAUUAUGAUAAUUUGUACUGUUUUAAGUAUGCAAAUUACAUGGAGGAUUUCUAGUCGCAUUAUAACACUUCCAGGAAAGAUUCCUCUGCUUAGACAAUGUGUUAUGAACAUCAGGCUUUCAAAACAAAUCACAUGAUUUGAUUCAAGUGUGUAAAGUAUUUUUAUAUGAAAUACAGAGCUUUAUAAAUGAAAUUGUUGAUAAAGAAAAUUGACAAGAUAUAGAUUUGAAAUAUUAAUUUUUGAACAAACAUGCUAUGAGCUGGACAAAAUUUUGGGUUAUUUUAAUGGAGUACUCCUUGUUAAAAAAAACAGUUAACCAUUUCUCUUUGGAUGACGUGUAUGCAUACAAAGGUUUUGCGGUAUUCGGAUUAGAUGACGGAUAAACACGCAACAAACGAGGCCGGAAAUAUCUGUUUGCAACCCGCUCGCAGCAAGCGAGGCCGGAAAUAUCAGGGUGUGCUACCCGCAGAUGACGGCCUGAAUCCGUCUGGCAUUGAGGUUCGUGAAAAACAAUCCCGCGCCAGGGUCCGGUCAAUGUCAAAAUAAUCCCAGCACGAACUGGUUAAUCGGGUGUUUGUAUUGCAGUACUGUCCUCCUAGUACUAAAUAGAGGGUUUGCAUGUGUCUCCAUGUUGGAGGUUCCUACAUCAACAUCCCUGACAUCAGGGGCCCUCAACAUGGCCGCCGAAUGUGCAAAUACAAUUGAAUAGUAAAAUCUUUUUCACCAGUUUUUUAUCUGCUUGACAAUUUUUCAAAUUCGUGUAGAUGACGAUAAACAAUUGUUUGUCUGAUAGCACCAAUCUUUCAACAUCUCACUUUUUCCAUAUUGACAAAAUUUGAAAUUUUGAAAGUUUAAGAUAAUAAAAAUUUAAAAAAGGUAAAACACAACCAAAAAAAACCAAAUUCUUUUAUUGUUUUUAGUAUUGGUUCAUUAGUAAUGGCCACCCAAUCAGACAAACCAAAGGUUAAUCCUGAAAGCCGUUUUAGUUGUAUUUUAGGUUUUUUAUUCUGCGAUUAGUAAUUUUUUUUUAUUAUUCAUGGUACUCUUGACAAAGGUACAUAUUUGUAAAACUUUUUUAUUGGAAUUGAUAUUGUUAUUUGAAAAUCAUGAAAAACAAAUUAUAGGAAGCCAUAUCAUUGCACAAUUAUCGACGUUUUAAUAGUGAAAUGUAUUUCCACCACAUAUCUAAAUUUCAACAUAAUUCAUUUUAAGCUGACGGUUUUAACAGAAUAUUGUACUGGACAUGUACAAUUCCAGUGCAGUGAAUUCAGUCUUGAAAAUGUUAUUAACAAACUUUAGGUGUGUCAUAUAUAGAGUUCAGUUUUUCAUUAUAUUUUUCUUUGUGUAAUAUGAUGUUUCAGAGUGGCAUUUGGAGAGCGUAAAGAAUUAACAAAUUGAAAGGAAGUUUGAAAAAUAAUACGAAUUUGAAAAAAAAGUUUAUUUGAAACUAGAUACAUUCAAAGGUUUGGUUCCUGACUUUUGGAAUAAGCCUGAAUUUUACUUUUCUCAACAUUAAAGAGAUUGACAAUCAUGAAUAUCAGUUUAAAAAAAAGAUCGUAUUUUCAUAUUUAAAAGGGAUUGUUUAAGGAACCUAUAUGCAAGAAAGUUUAAAAUAAGUUAAAUGGAGUUCCACAAGAACUUAAAUGCAUGUCGGAUGCGAGAAGUAUAGUUAUAUGUGCUUCACGGCUUGUAUUCCCAUGAAAAAGUUUCUUUUUUUAUUGGUAGCUCAUGAAUUACAACUAAAUAAUUACAUCUGUUACAAAAUGUACCUUGCAGCAACAUUUCUCAAGAUAUCUUGCAUGAACUCGCAAUAUCAAAACCAUAAACUACAUGUACUAGAAAAUAGUUGGUUUAACCCAAUCGUCCCUGUACCGCCCAAAACCGCCCAGUACUGUAUGAUUAUCUGCAGUCAUCAAAGGAUAAAUAUAAUGUAACACAAUGUAGUACAUAUACAGCUGGUGCUGUAAACACAUGAGAUAACAUGGAGUAUUGUUCUUUUCUUGUCUCUUUAGAACCUUUUUCAAUGACAGUGACCAAAAUUUACACACGUUUGCAAGCGCUUCUUUCAAAAUCGUGGAUUUUUUUUUUAGAUCUGGUGCAAGAUUAGCUUAUGCUUUGUGUGCUUUUUUUUUUGUUAAUUUGCUUGAUACUUGCCUGAUUUUUUUCUGAAGCGUGUGUGUGUGUUAGCUGUAAAUGAAAAUGUUGAGUUAUGUAGGCAAUUAUUUAGAUGUGUUCAAAUUGUACAGUUUGCUCAAUGGAAAGUGUAAUAUUUUUAGAAGUUUUUUUCUGUUAUUUUCUUUGAUUCAAAUUUUUACAUUGAUGCUUCUGUGAGCUUAAAAAUAUUAUUUUUAGCUGUAGAAACAAAGAAGCCUUCCAUUAAUUCGCAUACUACAGAAAUGACUACUUUCCAACUGAAAGUAAUUUAUGAACAAUUGCGGUUACAAAUGUACGUAUUUUCUUAACAUUGGCAGAUCUUGGCUUUUUGAAACACUUGCUUAAUCAUAAGCCUAAUUAGUUAAGCAAAAAAGUAGAUUAUCUGGGCAUACUUGGCAGAUUUGGUUAUAUAAACAUUCCCAUAAACUCCAGUUAUUAAAAAAAAAUUGACAAUCAAAUUUGUAUCAACUUGGUGAUAUGAAUGUAAACAAAGUUCUCCGUCGUCUUAUUCACAUUCCAAUCCUUUUAAAUUCUUGAGCAAGGAUUUGUAGUCGGCUCAAACUGUUUGUAAACUUUCUAAAAUAAAGCAUUUAAGCAUAUUUUGUUUUGUCAUUCCAUUUCAUACAAAUGGCUUAAUUAUUAUUCGAAUGCACACAUUUGUCCCAUUUAUGUACGGAUAGAGGGCUGACCCCUGUUGAAAUUCGAGUUAUUAAGUGAAAAUGUUACAUAUUCCUAAAAAAAAUUGCAAAAGAGUUUCUCAAUUGUAAACGCGCACACUCAUGUUCAAAACUUAACUACAUACUGAUAUAAACAGCAUGGCACAGGCUAAUUUCUAUUUCAUUCCAACAGAGGCCGUCCUCGUUCUUUACUUUCCAACGUAAAUCCAUCGUGUGAUGUAAUUAUUAUCGGAAAUAAUUAUGUACGUGCCUUUAUAUUGUCUGAUAUUUAUCUGUGGAUGUCAAUUGUACAAAUGUAGUUAUGCCUGUACGAAGAUUUAUAUGCAAGGCAAUCGUUGUAAAUAAGGUCUGCGGUUCUUACGACUUUUGAGAUGAAAUUCUAGCGGGGCUUUGAAAAUCUGUGAAAACGAAGAGCACGCAUAGUGCGAGAAUGAGAGAAUAAAGUACGAACAAAGAAUUUUAAAAGUGAACUA